AACAGCACUGCAGCCGCGGCGAGGCAGUCAAUUGAGGGGGAAUUGCAGUGCAGCCCCCUUAAGCUGCACACGCGCCGUGCAGCGUAGCUGAUUGAGGACCCCCGGCCGGCUGCAGCACGUGGCGGCGCUCGGAAGAAGCGCCUGCGAAUCUGGCGGUGGAGCCGAGUGGGCAUUGCAGUAAGUGGCGGCUGCAGCGGUGGCGGUGGCUCUGCGAGCUGCGUGAUCCUUCCUGUACAGCUGGACGAAUGUGACGUGGAAAGGUGUAGUUUGGCGUUUAACCUUCCAUAUAACGGAACGACGGAAUUGCGCGUAUCUUGUGAUUUUUCUCUCCCUCGGACCCUCGAAAUCUACGAAGUGUGGUGAAAAGAGAACCGAAGUCCAACUGGAAUGAAGCGGGCGGCUCGUUUGUAUCGUCUCAUGUAGCAGAGCAGGGAUGCCCACUGGACUGAUUCACAAUUAACACGGCAUAGAUUCAGUCAGGAUGGUAUCAGAAGCAUCCGAUAUCGAUGACAGACCGAAGCGAUGGAAGACUCAACGCCUGAGCCUGCCUUUGUCGACGUGGACAAAGGACUAACUCUAGCAUGCAUCGUCUUCCUCUGCCUCUUCCUGAUUGUUAUGAUAAUCCGCUGUGCCAAAGUCAUUAUGGACCCUUACAGUGCCAUCCCCACCUCGACCUGGGAAGAGCAACAUCUGGAUGACUAACGACCGGAAAGCAGGAGGGGGAUUGAGAGGUCCUUCGACUUCUGGUCGCAUCGUCGGGAUGGAGAUCGAGUUCAGUCGGGACUGGGGGAAAGUGGUGAUGUGCAAGAGUACAAGGCCAGGGGGAGAAACGAAAUGUGGACAACCUGCGAGGGGGUGACUUUAACUGUGCUGGGCAGUAAUACAGCUAUUAAUAGUAGUAAUAAUAGUAGUCGGUGGACUGGGUGGGAUGCGUUUGAAUGAACCGAGUCGCAUACUUUCAGUAGCCGGUGAGUCCUUUCCUUUAUGACGACACUGUCGCCACAGCCUAAUGCCAAAUCACAGCCCAACUCAGAAUUCACAUUGUCAUUGUCACGUCUCAUUGCCACUUACAUAAACUGCAUGUGGAGCCUCAUCAGAUACAUAGAUGGUGUAGUAGGCAAGAUUAUAAAAAUUAUAUAGGAUAGAUACUUAGAUCAGACUAUAAUAAAUGGAUAGAUGGUGUAGUAGGCAGAAUUAAAACUAUAUACGAUAGAUCACACUAUAAUAAAUGGAUAGAUGGUGUAGUAGGCAGGGUUAAAAAAUGAUAUAAUAUAGAUGGAGAGAUAGGGCAUUGUAUCAAAUCUAUUUAUCUGACUAUAUGUAAAACAUAAUAUAUUGAGGCUCAAUUGAUAUACUGUACAUGUAUACAUAGAGACCACUGCCCAGUUCAUGAACAAACACAGACUUCACAUUGUCAUUGAGCAGCAAAAAUAGCCAGAGUAUGUUGAGCCUCCCGCGAUAGAUAGAUAGAUAGAUAGAUGAUAUAGUAGGCAAGAUUGAACAUUUUAAUAGAUUACAUUAAAUAGGAUAGAUGGAUAGAUAGGUGGUAUAGUAGGCAAGAUUAAAAAAUUUGAUUAUAUAGGAUAGAUAGAUAGAGAUAGAUAGAUAGGAAAGUCACAGUAUCAGAUCUAUCUAUCUAAAUAUAUACUGUACAAUGAGGGUAUGUUCUUCAUGUAUGUACAGUAGACUGAUGAGAGCUCACAAAUGCUGCCCCCAAACCAAAAUAACUUCUAAAGGGUACCACAUUAUUAUAAAGCAACAUUACAAAUGACAGGGAAAGUAGAGGCUACAAUAGAAAGGUAACAUAAUAAGCACCUAAACCUUACAGGCCUACCUAUACUGGUGAGAUCUUUCAUUGUGUCCCGCACUGUCUGGUUCAUUCUCACACACUAAUCCACAAUUAUUCACCUCUAACUAAGAUGAUCCUUUUUCACACUCUGGCCUCUCUUCCUCCCUUAACCAGUUGAGCUCAUUGUUGAAGUCCAAUCUUAAUGGACGUAUGACUGGAAGUGACUUCUGAACCUUAGCCAUUAACUUGUUCCUGGUGAGCCAUGUGCAAGACUUCUAGGGUACUAGAUACAAUGUGGAAACCCUGGGGUCAUCUAGCAGCUUCAUGUUUCUAUGUUACAUCAUCAUAAAAUGUUGCAAUUGAGCCCCAAAUAGACUGUCCAGCCUGGAAUGGCUGAGGAGCACAAACGCACUGCAAAAGGAGCUCCACCAUGGCCCUUACUGGCUUUUGUAGGGAGGGGGCUACCAGUAUACUGAUUGGAGUUCCCAUUGCUUUGCUUUAACCAUUUCAGGAUCUCCUAUAGCACAGCUUCUAUUAGGACAAACCCCCUGCUCAUCACAACUUGUGUUGCUACCAUGGUAUAUAUAUAUAUAUAUAUAUAUAUAUAUAUAUAUAUAUAUAUAUAUAUAUAUAUAUAUAUAUA